UUCAAGAUGUGUCUUUUUUUCAUAUGUUUAUUUAUCCAAUUUGUGGCCGUGGGUAUUUCUUUAGGAUACGAUGAUAUAUCGGCAUAUAAACCAACAGGACAAAGGACAUACUUGGGUAAAAAGGGUUCUCCUCAGAAAGCUGUAGAUAGAUCUUUAUCCACAUGUUCCACCAAACAUUUCACUAUACCGGAAUGGUGGUAUGUGGAUCUCGGAAAAGUAAAAAGUAUUUACGACAUACAGAUUUACUUCAGGCUAUAUAGAGCCUUUGCUAUUGACUUGGUAGAGGGACAGCAGCGUGUAUAUGGAUACGAACUCUUCAUUUCUAACAGCACUGAUAUCAGUUUGUUACACGAGGCUUAUCAAUGUUACAACCAAACAAGGCCGGAAGAAAUCGUACCUGAUGUAACUCAUAUAUGUGUUUCGUUUGGUCGAUACGUGAUUUUCUACAACAAAAGACUCCGUGGCGAAAAUUAUCCAUAUUUUCAUUCAGGACCGUACAUACAGCUAUGUGAAGUAAUUGUGCAAGGUUGUGAAGAGGAUGGUGUUUACGGAAAUAACUGCAAUAAAACCUGUCCUACUAAUUGUCAAGAGAGAAGAUGUUACAUAACUAAUGGAACUUGUGAUGGAUGUAAAGACGGUUGGACUGGGGAAAAGUGUCUUUUUGCCUGUCCAGCUGGAAAAUAUGGAGCCGAAUGCAAGAAUUCAUGUACAGACCAUUGUGGAAAUAAUACUUCUUGUAAUCACGUGACUGGUCAGUGUGAGGGCUGUUUAUCUGGAUGGAUGGGAUAUGAUUGCAAUGAAAGGGACCCCCCUUGCACGUAUUUAGCAGACCACGAGAAAUUAUGUAGUGUAAACUGCAUUAACAAUGACACCUGCUACAAUGUCGAUGGUUAUUGUCCUCGGAGUUGCCGUAAUGGAUUUCGAGGAAACCGCUGCGAUGAACAAGGCAUUGAUGAUUUUAAGGGCUCCUGUCAAGACCAAAGAAACAACGUUGCCGGAUUAGUAGCGAUUUUGGUUAUUUCUCUCUUGAUCGAUGUUGGACUUUUCUUUAUAGUGCUUUACUUCAUCAGGAAGAAAGACAACAAGAAAGAAAAUGAUCAGCCUUCUUACAAGGUCAGCGACAGAGGGCGUUCUCAACAAAGAUCAACAUCUGGCGGCCAUCUUGAAAAUCAUAAAUCAUAGGAUCUGAAUGCCGUACGAACCACAGUUAUUUAUGUUUU